ACGUGACUGUACAUAUCGACGAAGAGAUGGCGGAUAAGGAAGAGCCGGAGAAAACUAUUGCAGAAGACUUGGUUGUCACCAAGUAUAAAAUGGCUGCUGACAUAGUAAACCGAGUUCUAAAGCAAGUAAUUGAUAAGUGUGUUGUUGGUGCCUCAGUUCGUGAAACCUGCGAAUUUGGAGAUGGUUUAUUGUUAGAGGAGACUUCAAAAGUCUUUAAGAAAGAAAAAGAGUUGAAGAAAGGUAUUGCAUUUCCAACGUGUGUGUCAGUGAAUAAUUGUAUUUGUCACUUCUCACCAGUCCCCAGUGAGGCUGACUACACACUGAAGGAUGAAGAUGUUGUGAAAGUUGACCUGGGUGCACAUGUGGAUGGAUUCAUAGCAGUCGUGGCCCACACAAUAGUUCUUGGAGCCACAAGUGAAGCUAAAGUGACUGGCCGGCGGGCGGAUGUUGUUCUUGCAGCUCACUAUGCGUCACAGGCUGCUCUGCGCCUCCUGAAGCCUGGCAAUGAUACAUAUGCUGUGACAGAUGCGGUACAGAAAGUAUGCGAGGCAUACAAAUGCAAGCCUGUUGAAGGGAUGCUGAGUCACCAGUUGAAGCAGUUCAAGAUUGAUGGCGAAAAGACCAUAAUUCAAAAUCCAAGUGAUUCACAGAAAAAAGAGCAUGAGAAAUACGAAUUUGCGACAAACGAAGUUUAUGCCAUGGAUGUUCUUGUCAGCACAGGUGAAGGAGUGGGUCGUGAACUAGAUACUCGGGUGACCAUAUACAAGAAAACAGAUGAGACAUACCAGUUGAAACUGAAGUCUUCACGAAUGUUCUACAGUGAAGUAACCCACAAACAUGGUUCCAUGCCCUUCAAUCUUCGGAACUUUGAGGAUGAAAAGAAGGCCAAAUUGGCCGUUGUGGAAUGUGUGAACCAUAAACUGAUUGAACCCUUUCAAGUACUGUAUGAGAAAUUUGGUGAAUUCGUGGCUCAUUUCAAAUUUACAGUGUUACUUAUGCCGAAUGGUCCACACAAGAUAACUGGCCUUCCGUUUGAGCCAGAGCUCUACCAAUCAGAGCACAGUAUCAGUGAUCCAGAAUUGAAGUCACUACUGAACACAUCAGCCAAUCCAAAGUCAGCUAAGAAGAAAAAGAAGAAGGCUGAGAAGGUGACAGUGGGAGAGACAACAUUGGAAGUAGAAGGAGAGGCAUAGCUGAAGCAAGGCAAAUUGCAGUUUGUCACUUUCUGAACUAUAAACCUCAUUCCCAUACAACUCAGUGAACUGGAAACAGGAUUGACCCAUCACAAGCAAAGAAACAUGCAAAAAUUCCAGCAUAAUUUUUUUUAUUUGUCCUGUUUGAGUAAUUCUCUUUUCAAGUCAAGGGGUUCACUUUUAGGGGGAGUUGAUAGGGAUUCAAAUGGUUAGUUUUGAAAUGUCUGGGAAAUAGGAUGUGUUUCACAAGUAGACCAAAACAAAUCCAAGCAAAUUUCAAGGAACAUUGAGGCAUCCAGAAUUCAUAUAUCUCAUUCAUAAGUUUGUGGAAGAAUAGAAUAUGCAGUGAUAAUAUUUUUGUUAUAACAAAGAUGUAAGUUAAGGUACAUCAUAUUCUCAGUGCAACAACUACGAAAACUGCUUCAUCUGAGAUGUGGCUUUGUUCUGUAGAUUGUUACCAGCAUUUUUGAGGAACCUGAUGACUCCAUCUUCAGGGUAGAGGAGUAAGGGAAUGUCCUUUUCACUGUUCUUGUUACUCCUGCUCGUUCACUUGAUCUGAUCAUCCCUUUCCAUGUCACACCAGGAUUCUCCUCUCUUGCUUUACCCCUCUACUCUGAAGAUAGAGGCAGCAACUUCCUCUGAAACAGUGGUAUCCCAGAUAAGAUGGUGUCAUAUCUUUGAAAACUGUAAUGGUUAACCUUAAGUUAACAUGAGUACAGUACACUUCAAAUGUGAGACACUUACGUGAAAGCUGUUUUUAAUUUGAGACACUUACCUCAAAGCUGUUUUUAACUCUUUUCCUGCAGAGCUUACAAAAAAUACAAGGUGCAUGCACUGACACCAGUUAGUACAAAACUUUUAUUAUUUUGAGUUCAAACUUCAUGGCACUGUCUCUCUUGUGUUUAUGCUGAGCUUUAUAUCUGGGAAAGGCAGGACAUCGGUUGACUGUAGAAACUGUCAUCACCAUUAAUUUUUACCUAGAGAUGUAGAAAUAUAGCUCUGUUUAUUCACAUUGUACCAUGUUGUGCAAGUGGUAAGGUGCUUAAACAAACACAGCUUCUUUUGGAUGCAAACAGAUUAGAGAAGUCAUAAGUAACCUUUUAUUUGCCGAUCAUGAAUCUGGUGUUGAAUGUAAUAAUUUGCAAAGGCAAUAAAUUUAAAUUAAGGAUUUUUCUCCUCCUGCGUUUAUGCAGCGAAGGCAUUUUGACCUAAGAAAAUUUGUGCAGUGAAAGAGUUAAAUGCGGUUGUGACCAGGGCACAGUGAACAGGGUUCAUAGAGUAUUGAACAAAUGUAUUCUGUGUUUAGAACACAGCACAUUAUAACCCAGUUGAUUUGGUGCACGAAUGUAAAUAAGUUACUGAUCUUCCAUGCAAUACAGUGCACAUUAUCCCUUCUGCAUUAAAAUAGUACAAUGCAGUCGUGUUUCAGCUUCCUGAAAGAUGAUGUAGUACUGGACAUUCCUGUCAAGCACCCAGCAGUCAUUACAGUUAAAACUUACUAAUGCAGAGAAGCUGCUAGCAAUGCCUUCAGUUGUUAUUAGCGGGAGAUUUUGUUAUCACUGGGAAAAGAGAAAUGAGAAGUUGUGGGAAGAACUGAUCACCUGUUUUACUUUCACCACAUAUUGAGUACUUGAUAUGACACAGACCACAAAGAAAGUAUUAUGUCCAACAGCUCUUCCGUUGUUGCACAUGUGUUUGGUGCUGCAGUAAUGUGUUCACCAAGCUGCUCUGUAAAAUUGGCUCCAUUAUUCCAGCUUGGGUGGUGGGGGAGACACCAGACAACAAGGUGAUCUCAUAAGCCUACUUUUAUUUAUUUAUUAAUUUUUUUUUUCCCAAAAUAAGGAAUGUAAACUACAAAAUUGAAAUGCUGAAUACUCCUUGAAGAGACAUGAAUAAAAUCAGUACUAGGCUUGAAUAUUUCUGGGUAAGUUUUGUUUAUAAUGUGUAGGCUACAGGUUUCUUUUCCACUAACAGUUGGAACUUCAUGGCUGAAACAGAUGGGAGGACAGUCUUGAUACUUUGCCUCAGUGGCUUAGUGAUCAGCUCUAAGAUGUUGAUGCUCUAGCAAAUACAUACUGAUAAAUAAUGACAACAUUAUGGAAAUUUGGACAGUUACUAGGAACAAAUCUUGUACAGUGGAACCCAAAUUGAAUGUUCAUUGGUUCAGGGUUUUUCCUUAUUUGAUGUUUAGUUUAAUUGAUUCUAAAUCAGUAAUCUCAGAUUACUUCCAUAUAAGAUUUUCCUCAGUCUAGGUUCCCAGAGACAUCACAGAUGGUAGUUUUACUAUAUCCUGUUUCUAAAAUAGGAUUUUAUUAAUCCUGUGUCUCAGAGACUGUCCUCCCAUUGUCUUCUCGUCUGGCCAGAGGCAAAAUUAAAAAUCAUGACAUUUUCUGUAGAAAAAGAUGUUUGAUACUCUUCACUGAAAUGUCUGGUGUUUUUGUGUAUGAUUAGGUGCACUGUUUUCAUGUAAUUUUCAGAUUGAAGGAGAUGGUAAGCAUAGUGUGAAACAAAAGGAUGUUAGGGAGGGGAGCAGGUCUCAAGAGAAUUUCAUAAAUAAUUGUUUUACUUAAUGAUGCUCAGUCAUGAGAAUGGAAGUAUGCAAGUAAGAAAUUUUAAACAUUAUGCUGUAACAUGUGUUGACAAAACCCUCAUGAGAAGGGGCACAGAUAUCUACUACCGAUUUUUUUUUUAGUUUUUUACAUGUAGAAAUGAAAUUUAAAGAUAAACUGCCUUGUAAUAUUUGUAACACUAAAUGUGUUGUCCUAAUGAAGAGAAAUUCUUUGAUUUUUUUUAAGUGACGGUUCCUGUUUUGGCAGCUUUGGUUCAUGUGAUGAAUGUUCCUAUAACCUUGGGAUGUGAAACCAAAUGUUGCAUUUAAAACAUAAUUUACUUAAUUUUUACAAUUAUUAGUUUAGAUGUACUGCUAUCACUGAAUCGAACAGUGCAUGUGUGAAAACUGUAUUGUCCUCGGCGCACUGUAUCACCCUCAAAUUGAAAUACACCAUUUAGCUAAAUCAAG